AUGGGUGUCAGGGGGACUCAGUGCUAUAAAUUGGGCUGCCUGUGGACCCCAGCUACAGCCUCGUAUGUGAUCACAGACCUGACCCAGCUGCGAAAGAUCAAGUCGAUGGAGCGGGUGCAGGGCGUGAGCAUCACGCGGGAGCUUCUGUGGUGGUGGGGCAUGCGGCAGGCCACCGUCCAGCAGCUGGUGGACCUUCUGUGCCGCCUGCAGCUCUACCGUGCCGCCCAGAUCAUUCUGAACUGGAAACCAGUUCCUGAAAUCAAAUCCUCUUUCCCUGAUGCUAUGAAGCCGGGAAGACCUUUGGCAGCUUCUGUAAGAAACACUGAAGAUGAACAGGGAAAGGGGCAGUCUAUGAGGCCAGCUGCCUUGCCAGGCCCGGGGUCUGCUCCAGCCCGAGCCAACCUCCUGCCUCCUUCCGAAGAUGCCCCUCAUUCCUUAAAAACCAACUUUCCUGUUUCAUCUGAUUCAAAGGACUUUAGCGUCUCCAUUCCUAAGCAGGAAACACUUUUGAGUCUGGCUGAAGACAGUCUUUUCUGGAGUGAGGCAGACGUGGUCCAGGCAACUGAUAACUUCAACCAAAGCCACAAAAUCAGUGAGGGGACCUUUGCCGACAUCUACAAAGGGCAAAGGCAUGGCACGCCAUUCGUCUUCAAGAAGCUCAGAGAGGUGGCCUACUCAGGUCCGGGAUCUAUCGAAAAAUUCUUCCAGGCAGAGGUACAAGUUUGUCAUAGAUGCUGCCACCCCAACGUCUUACCUUUGCUGGGCUUCUGCACCGGAAAUCAGUUUUACAGCUUGAUCUACCCAUAUAUGGCAAAUGGUUCUUUACAGGACAGACUCCAGGGUCAGGGUGGCUCGGACCCCCUUCUCUGGCCCCAGCGUGCCAGCAUCUGCUCUGGGCUGCUUCAUGCUGUGGAGCACCUGCACAGCCUGGAGAUCAUCCACGGCAAUAUCAAGAGGUGGUACAAAAUAUGCCCUGGGCCAGUUUUGGCCUGGGGGCUAUAUUUUGCCAACCCCUACUGUACUUUGAUGGAAUAUAUCUAUGGGCUACCAUUAUAUCUUAUGCUUACAAAGGAGCUGUGGGGAGAACAAAUAGGUACAGGCCAAAGUCCAAGCACAGAAGGAAGCUCUUACUAUUCCACAGCUGAAGAUGUCCACUCGCUUUGUCAGCUGUCCCACCCUGAUGAAAUCCUCUGGCAGAUAUGCAGCAGAGGCCUGGAAAAGGUGUUAGCUGAGGUCCUCACCGGCAUCCCUGCAAUGGAUAAUGACCGAAGCCCAGUUUACCUGAAGGAUUUACUCCUCAGUGAAAUCCCAAGCAGCACCACCUCACUCUGCUGCAGGAAGACGGGCGUGGAAAAGGUGAUGGCUAAGGAGAUCUGCCAGAAGUACCUGGAGAAGAGAGCUGGGAGGCUGCUGGAGGACUGCGCCCAGGCCUUGGCCAUGGCUGCCUGCCUCUGCCUGCGGAGGCGGAAUGCCAGCCUGGCAGAGGUGUGUGGUUCUGUGGCCGCUGUGGAAGAGCGGCUGAGAGAUCAGGAGACGUUGUCCCCUUGGAGUGGGCUUUCCGAGAGCACAGGCUCUUCCUCCAACACCCCAGAAGAAACGGACGAUGUGGACAAUUCCAGCCUUGAUGCCUCCUAUUCCAUGAGGGCAGCACCCAGGGCUGGGAAUGUUGCCUCACUCCCCCCUACAGAGGGCAGAGAAGGCAGGCUGCAGGCUGAUGGGGGAAUGCCGGCAGACUCCUCCUCUGGAGCCUAUGCCAGUCCGGAGCCUCCCCAGGAUGCUACAGAGACUUCAUGGAAGAUUGAGAUCAAUGAAGCCAAAAGGAAACUGAUGGAGAAUAUCUUCUUCUACAAAGAAGGGAAACUGGACAGCCUUGAACUUUUUGGCCCCUGA